AUGACGAGAAGAGUUUUGUCGCUGUCAUCGAAAUCAUCGGGAUCGCUUUUUGUCUUCUUCUUCUUCGCGCUCUCGUCGUUUCUGCUUCUGAAUUUGACGAUGAUGACGACGACUUUGAUGGCAACCGCGACGACGAUUCAGACGGUCGCGUUUUCGUCGCAGCGAUUGAGCGGCGGAAACGACGACGAAAACUCGAAAAAGAAGAGCGAGGAGAGUUCGUUUACGUCGUCGUCCUCCUCCUCCCCGUCGUCUCAAAGAAUCCGCGAGGCGACGUUCUUGGCAACUUUCGAGAACUUCCAGAGCGAUUUUCAGCGGUUGAAAGCGAAAGCGAUAAAGGCGCGCGAAAACAAGGAGGAAUACUUUUACGAGGAAGAGGAAGGGGAGGAGGAGGAAACCACCAUUGGGAAGAAAAUAUCGUCGUCGUCUGUGUCGUGCGACUUUUGCGGUCCGCACUCGCUGGGUUCGUUUGGAGGAUGCGAGUGGACGCUCGAGUUGAACGGGAUACGAGCGAACGAGUGGGAUGCGCCGGUGGAGGUGGACGUGAAGUGCGAAGCAGCGGCAGGUAAGGAGGAUUUUUCGCCGUCCGCGUAUCAAUAUUUGACGAGGAUUAAGAAAGUUUCGAAGAAAUCGGCGCAAAGCUUGAAGCCGAGAACGCACAGAGUGCAUGGGGAAGUAGCUUUCGAGGAACUAAACGCGUCGCCGUAUGAUUUCGAACAAUCGCCGAAGAAGUAUUUUAGCGUCGGGGGUAAAUUGGAGAUUCAAGUUGAUAUUAAAGCGUGGAAAGAUGUGAAGGAUGCGCCGGAUGCGGUUCCCGUGAGAGCAGUCAUACACGACGCGCCAAGGAAGGCGUGGUCUUUACGAGCCGUAAGAAGAUUCAUGAAACCAGAAGAUUGGAAACGGGACGAGAGUAACGGGGCGCAUUCCAACGCGGGAGAGAAAUCCGCGGUGGCGUGGAUUUUGCCGACGGAUUCACAGGAGAUGGCCUCGUAUUUGUUUAGCGAGGCAUUAGGUGCUAAAGACGCGCAACAAGGUAACAGUAAAAGUGGUGCAUCGAAAUUGAGGAAAACGGCGCCUUCGUUUUCGUUUCAGAAGCUCGGCCCGUUGGGAACCAUUUCGGAACGGAAAACGCGACGCUCAAGAAACGCGAGGCUUCGCGAAAAUCGUGCCAAGUUAGAUGGGAACACAGGUAAGGACGCGGACGACGAUGACCUUUGGUUAGACGACGACCUUGAAGAUAUGACGCCGGGAAAAAAGAACACGUUUUUCGAGGACUUGGAUAUUGAAGAUUUGUAUCAAUCCUCGUCCUACACCUCUAAAAAAGCAAAAGCAAACAAUCAUCACAUGACGAGUGUCGUUGCCACGAAUCUCGAUGAGCCACGCGGGAAUGAAACUGCCAUAGUGCACCACAAAAUAUCCAUCGACGUGGAUGAAGAGUUGCCAGAGUGCACGGAUGCGCCAGUGACGGGUGAUUUAGGUCCUCUGUUGGUGUCUUUCGCGCCAGAUAGUUUACGCGCUGCGCAUCGAGUCACUGUGCACGGCUGUCGCGCCGAUCAAGGUGGCAUUGCACUCGUGGCGUACUCGUCGACAGCGGAUCGAACCCACGAUUUGUGGUUACGAGUAGUUCUUUUGCAUCAAGAAGAUUCUGAAUUAGACGUAGUCGUAGCCGGUGAAGCCACGGUUCCGCCGUUAGAAGAGUCGUGGUCGGCGCCGAUGAUUAUGCGAAUUUUACCCUGGGAAACGAGCAAAGAUUCCGGGUUCGUCAAAGUGUCCAAGAAAAGCGCGUUUGGGAGUGGCUCAAAAGUCACUCGAAAACUGAAGUUGACGAUUCAAGCGAGACAAUUGAGGCCAAGGCGAGUCGCUUUGCGCUUACCUUUGGAUCAAUACGGCGACGCGGACACUAGGAAGGCGGCCAAAGCAGCCGCGGAGAGAUUCGGGACGACAUCGAAUUCGUUGAUUGAGAUUCCUCAGGCGGAAAGACCGUGCGCAAUCGCGUGGGUGGAAGUGAAUCCGUGGGACAACGCCGCAAAACUACUAGGCGCGGCUGCUGGUUUAGCCUCUUCGAGCUCAGGGAAAGUAGUUCGACCGACGGAUAUAGCGUUAGCGGUGGACGGCGUGUUAUUACCUCACGAUUGGCAUCCAGACGCGACGAUGCUAUACGCUGCAGCUUUACUUGGUGUUUCAGCCUCGUUGAGCAGUAGCCCUGAGGAGAGAAGAAAUCUCAACGCUACUGCGGCCUGGCGUUGGGGACUUGGCGACGGUGACGCGUGCACCGUGCUUCCAAAUGUGAAGCGCAACGCGGAAGAUCCCGCCGAAGAUGCCAAGUGCGAGAAAAUAUACGCAAAGCUCAGAGAUCUCGCCAGUAGCAGCGACUCCUCCAAAGAACGCGAAAAGCUAGAAAACUCAAGAGAGCGUUUACGGUGCGACGUUAGUCAAGUGCGAGCUUAUUUAACCAAAGCUACUGAAAACGGAUCGAAGUUGACCAUUGGAGGUCUCUCGAAUUUACCGAGCACGGACGAUUUAGUCCUGGCGUUGGUCGAUGCUCGAGAAAAUGGCGGCUUAGAAGCCGCCUACAACUUCCAUAAAGACCAAAAUGGUAGAAAAGACUCGACGACCAAUAAGAACAAUCGUCAAUCGAGUUCGCAAGGGUAUCACAGAAACCCGUUCUUCGCCAACGGCGGUGGUUUUGCGCAGACGCUCGACGAGCAAGCCGAAACUGCGUUCAUUUUGAACCAGUUUGUCAACGCAAACUUCUUACCGUCCUCGUCAGAAACCGCGGCUGAACUCGCGUUGAUUGUUGGUACGACGGCGUACGUGUUGCUCGUUUUAUAUCUCUGCGCCGGGGCCUUUCGUGUGUACAACAAAGUCUCCUCUAACCGAGCCGGUCCAACCGUCGUGCAUAAAAAGAACGGACCCGGAUCCGGGCAUCAUCACCACCACGGCGUAUCUCCUCAAUUGAGAGUAUGUCUGCGCACCAUGGCAAUGUCGCCAUUUACCGCUGGAUGGAUGAUGGCGAAAGAACCGGCAAAGUUUGUAUUCGAUUUACUCAAACCGACGAUUUCGUUCGCGCUCGGAACACUUUUAUUAUUCGCCGAGGAAAUCGUGCGUUCGAUUAAAGUGUUCGUGAGGGACAGUAAAGCGUACGCGAAAGUGUUCGGCGGUAGCACCAAUAAAAACAACAAAAAUGGCAAUAGUACUGCAAGUAAUAAGAAGAAACAUUCUGAAAAGAAUAACAACAACAGCAACAAUGGUGCCGAGACGCAACACGCCGGGAAUAACGGCGAGUCUUCGAAAAAAGCCAACGGGAAGAAGAAAGCGAAUAAUUAUAAUAAUAACAAUAACAACGGCAAAUCGUCCUCCGUGCUUCUUCGGGACGAGUCGAGCAACAACAAUUCACCGACAGCCUCCUCGGCAGACCCGGGCACGCCGCGCGUCAAAAGCGAAUGGGAAGCUGAAGAGGAAGAGCGUCGCCAGCGCGAAGAAGAAGAGGAAAUGCGUCGACACGCGGCGUUGAGAAUGUCCGAAAAACGUUUACUCGACGCGGCGAUUGAAAGAGAACGCGAACAGGCGCGUUUAGAGCGCGAAGAGAAGGAAGAAAAAGCACGGUUGGCAAAAGAAGCGAAAAGAGCGGAGAAGGCGGCGCAAAAAGUUUUGAAGAGUAAAAGCGCGUCCAACUCGCCGUUAACGAGUCCGCGAACGGCGAUAGGCGAUGCCCCUCCUGGAUUCGAGCACUUAUCGCCGAGAGCGCAAGCGAACGGGACGCAACAACCGCGACCGGGUUUUACGAUCCCACCUCCGGUUCCUCCCGGGCUACCACCAACCCUUUCGCCGACGAAGAAACGAGACGGCGCGAUCAACAGUGCGAGUAAACCGCUACCGCCACCGUUACCGAAAUCUCCACCACCGUUGAACCAACCGAUGAAACGAAACGCCGUCACCGCGACGAACGGCGGCGGCGCGAUGCUCAUCACCCCCGCCAUGCUCCGCCAAAGCAGCAUCGACACGCCGACGCACCCACCCACCCGCCGCUUUCAAUUCGGCGAUGACGUUCCCACGCAACCUUUCAUCGGUAGUUCAAACAACAACAACAACAACAACAACAACACCGUCGCCCCCGCGGCGCCGCCGAUGCCUCCCGGAGCGCAAGACCAAGACGAUUUAGUCAUGUCCAUGCUCGAAGGCCUUUCGGACGACGACGGAAACGACGAAAUACUCGAAGAUGAAUUCAACGACGACUUAAACAGCCCGACCAAUCAAAUGGAUGGUAGUACUACUGGCGGUUUGUUCGGUAAAUGGUCCGGUUUCUUUUAG